AUGAAGAAGCGCGUAAGAAAAUCGAAAGCUAUUACGUGUUAUCAAUGUAACAGUAAAAGGGAUCAAGAUUGCACUAUUAAUACGGCGGAUAUAAGAUAUUUGAAGCCAUGCUCCUCGUCACAAGCAUUUUGUCGUAAAGCUGUGUACAUAUAUUAUUUUAUGAAUUCUCACGAGUACAUAAUAAUACGCGAGUGUGCAAAAUGGGGAAGUGCUGACAACGAAUGUUAUAGAGGUCGUUACCCACGCGAUAGUUAUCAAUUUGUAUGCGAAUGUAAGAGUACAGGAUGCAAUCGAUCUACGACAUUCUCAUCCAUGACGACCACAGUUCUGUAUGUUUUGUGUCAAUUUAUAGUUUUUCUCGUUAGAAAUCCUACCUGA